AUGGCUCUGAAGAACUUGAGAGCAAACCGGAAACUGCUGUUGUCUCCAUUGCUGAUAACGCCGUUGCUGAAUCUUCAGGUAAUCGAAGCGGAAAUGGCUGGAUUGGAUUGUACUGGUAGUAAAAGCUUUUCUAGAGUAUGGACAAUGCCUGUGGAAGGUUCUUCAAGCAGUGAUAGGGCAGAAUCAUCAUCAUCAACAGGUCCUAGGUUAGAUAAAUCAAAGACUGAGAGACAACAAAAAGUUACUCACAUUCUUGCCGAGGAUGCCGCAAAGAUUUUCGAUGACAAAAUCUCUGCAGGGAAGAAGCUUAAAUUGCUGAACCGUAUAGCUACUGUGAAACAUGAUGGGACUGUUGAGUUUGAAGUUCCAGCAGAUGCUAUCCCACAACCUAUUGUUGUAGGCCGUGAAGAAUCGAAAAACGGUGUUUCCCCUGAUGAGUCUAUUGAUGGGGUAGACUUACAGUACAUUCCUCCUAUGCAGAUUGUGAUGCUAAUUGUUGGCACACGAGGAGAUGUUCAACCUUUUGUUGCAAUAGCCAAACGGCUUCAGGACUAUGGGCAUAGAGUUAGACUUGCAACUCAUGCAAAUUUUAAAGAGUUUGUUUUGACUGCUGGGCUGGAGUUCUAUCCUUUAGGCGGAGAUCCGAAAGUGCUAGCCGAAUAUAUGGUUAAGAACAAGGGAUUUUUGCCAUCAGGCCCUUCAGAGAUCCCAGUUCAACGAAACCAAAUGAAGGACAUCAUAUAUUCUCUACUUCCAGCAUGUAAAGAACCUGAUCCAGAUUCUGGGAUUUCCUUUAAAGCUGAUGCAAUUAUUGCCAAUCCUCCAGCAUAUGGACAUACCCAUGUGGCAGAAGCGCUGAAGAUACCGAUUCAUGUAUUUUUCACCAUGCCAUGGACGCCAACCAGUGAAUUUCCACACCCCUUGUCACGUGUCAAACAACCAGCAGGAUACAGACUUUCGUAUCAAAUCGUCGACUCAUUGAUCUGGCUUGGGAUAAGAGACAUGGUGAAUGAUCUUAGGAAAAAGAAGUUGAAGCUACGGCCUGUUACUUAUCUAAGUGGAACACAAGGCUCUGGCUCUAAUAUACCGCAUGGAUAUAUGUGGAGUCCUCAUCUUGUCCCAAAGCCAAAAGACUGGGGGCCACAAAUUGAUGUAGUGGGAUUUUGCUUCCUUGAUCUUGCAUCAAAUUAUGAACCUCCUGCAGAACUUGUGGAAUGGCUAGAAGCUGGUGAUAAACCCAUUUAUAUCGGCUUUGGUAGUCUUCCUGUGCAAGAACCAGAGAAAAUGACAGAGAUCAUUGUGGAAGCACUUCAAAGAACCAAACAGCGAGGAAUUAUCAACAAAGGCUGGGGUGGCCUUGGAAACUUGAAAGAACCCAAGGACUUCGUUUACUUGUUGGAUAAUGUCCCACAUGACUGGUUAUUCCCGAGAUGCAAGGCUGUGGUGCAUCAUGGUGGUGCUGGAACAACGGCUGCAGGUCUUAAAGCAUCGUGCCCAACUACGAUCGUGCCCUUCUUUGGAGACCAACCUUUUUGGGGAGAACGAGUGCAUGCUAGAGGAGUAGGUCCUGCACCGAUCCCUGUGGACGAAUUCUCACUUCAUAAGCUUGAAGAUGCCAUAAAUUUCAUGCUUGACGAUAAGGUGAAGAGCAGUGCAGAGACGCUAGCAAAGGCGAUGAAGGACGAGGAUGGUGUUGCUGGAGCCGUGAAGGCCUUCUUUAAACAUCUACCGAGUAUGAAAGACGAUCUUCCGGAUCCGAUUCCAGAACCUUCUGGAUUUCUCUCUUUCAGAAAAUGCUUUGGCUGUUCGUAG